CUGCUGCCAUUGCAUUCUCCUACUUUUUUUGAUCUUGUGAAGAAUUCAAUCUCUGAAACCUUUUCUUCCUAAGAGUAGAGAAGAGAGCCCUUUGGACUCAGUCAGAAUAGCUACUUUCUUGAUAGUUCUUAAACGUUCUCCAUGGCUUCUGGUGAUGUGCUUCCUCGUUUCUUCAGUGUUUUUCUUUCCCAGUACAGCUCCGACUCCUUUCUGAUACCAAGUUCGUACUAUGAACACUUACCACGUCGGUUGCCCAAGAAUGCGAUUCUCAUGGGAACAGGUGGGAAAAUCUGGAAAGUAGCAAUGAAGAGCCAGCGAGGGCAAGUGUACUUUGAAGAAGGCUGGGCCAACUUUGUGGCGGAUAACGAGCUUAAAGAUGGAGAGUUCUUGACAUUUGUGUUUGAUGGUUACAACCGUUAUGAAGUGAGCAUAUAUGGUCACGGAGGUUGCAAGGAAACUCGAGCAGCCAUUGAAGUGGAAGACAUCUCUGAUGACGAGACAGAGAGUGACAAUAGUGGCGAAUCUUUUGUUAGUGUCACUCACGUGUAAGAAACUAAUGAUGAGAGUGACACGAACUAGGCUCUCUUUUGUAAUAUGGAUCAAGA